UAAUCUCGGGAAAGAAAGCUUUAAAGCUUUUUCAGCGGCCGCCGGUCUGGUUCUCAAAUAUCUUUAACGACGCGUCUGUGUGCCACGCUAUCUGUGGCUAUAAACGUAUACGCGCGGAGAGCUUGCUCACACUUCUGGCUCCAGUUCGGUUCAGUAAGCUUCCAGAAGCCGCACGAACACAUUCACCAUGGCUGAUCUCUCAUCUAAGGACGUUGAAAAGGCAGAGUUCGCUUUCUCCAUCUACGACGCCGAUGGCAGCAACAACAUCGACGCCGCUGAUCUCGGAAACCUCCUCCGAGCUCUUGGCACGAAUCCAACAAACGCAACCAUUGAGAAACUUGGUGGCACAAAAAAACGCGGCGAGAAGACUUUGAGCCUAGCCGAAUUCCUGCCCAUUUACAGCCAGGUCAAAAAGGACAAGGAGCAGGGCUGCUAUGAGGACUUCGUCGAGUGCUUGAAACUGUACGACAAGCAGGAAAAUGGCAAGAUGCUCGGCGCUGAAUUGUCGCACGUUCUCCUUUCCCUUGGUGAGCGUCUUGACGACAAGGAAUGCGAAGCCGUCAUCAGGGACUGCAUGGACAAGGAAGACGAAGAUGGAUUCAUCCCAUACACCCCAUUCGUCAAGAAAUUGAUGAGUUAAGGAGCCAGCCAGAACUAGGCUUGACUUUAACUGGAAGUGUUACUGAUGUUCAAAUAAUUUGGCCAAACAUCUUGAACAUAUAAGCCAACAAGAGAUCAACAAAAGCACCACGUGAACAUUAUAAGAAGAUUCUAUGAAGCAAAGGUCAUCAAGAACAAUUUGUUUUAACGCUUAAGAAAACUGAAAUAGGUACCUGCGAGAAAAAAAAUUUAGCGUACAUAUAAACAAUACAUCAUGUUUCGCAAACUACUUAAUAUUUUACAUAAUACGCUAGAUAAAAUUUUUUGUCCGAUUUUAGCAAAAUUAUUGUAAAUAAAUUAUACCUAUUAUUCAAAUUAUAUUAUACUACACAAUAAAAGAACAAUAUUUUGUAUUUAUUAUAAGCAUCUUUCUUAAGUUUGUAAUAGUAGACGAAAUUGUAGAGGAACCAUAUGCAUCUGUCGCAAAGUUUUCUUAAAUUAUUUUUAACAACCAUCCAAACAAAAAUCCAAAAUUGUGAUCCCAUGUCAAAGUUUGAUAACAUAAAUUGUAAAAUUUUGACACACGAUAACACUGCAUUCUUAAAAAUUGUUUCACAAUCCUUCCCAGAGUUUAGCAACACUGCAGUCGGUGAACUACCUCCUUGAUUUAAUUUCAAAAACUUGGAUCAGUAUCAAAUUUUUGAAAAACAAAAACAGCUCACACUGUAA